GAGAAAAAGGGGAGAGGUCGCGCGGAACAUGGCUUCAGCGCUCUUUCUUCGGCGUGUCCUUGCAAGGUUCGAGGCGAAUCGGAUCCUUUUGAAGUCUCCAAGGAGAUGUAUCUCUACUGGUGGUGCGUGCGGAGCACCAGAGUUGACCGACGAAUAUCGAGGCACGACCGGCAAAAUUCGAGCGGACGACGGUGUCGAAUUGUACUACGAGCGACGCGGGGACGGCCCGCGCGCACUUCUCUGCAUCCCGGGGGCCCUCGGGAGCGUGGGAACCGAUUUUACCCCGCAGAUGGAGCACUUUGGCCGAGCGGGGAGCGGCUUCACAAUUGUCGGGUUCGACCCCCGCGGCUACGGAAAAUCUCGCCCGCACCCCCGAAAUUUCUCGGCCCCGGGGUUCUACCAACGCGAUGCCGAAGACGCGGCGGGGGUCAUGGAAAAGCUGGGGUUCCAAAGAUUUUCCGUCUUGGGCUGGAGCGACGGCGGUGUCAGCGGGAUUAUCCUGGCAGCACGGUUCCCCAAGCGGGUUAAAAAAUUAGUCGUCUGGGGUUCCAACGCAAGCGUCACCAAAUCUGACAUUGAACUAGUGGAAAAGACCAGAGACGUCAGCCAAUGGAGCCCCAAAAUGAGGGCCACCAUGGAAACACUCUACGGGGGGGAUUUCCCCGGAAUGUGGUCAAACUGGAUGGACGGAGUUUUUAGCAGAGAGACUCGGCGACUGUCGCUAUGAGGUGUGGCCUGAGGGGAAACACAACUUACACCUCAAGUAUCACCAAGACUUUAACAAACUUGUCACCGUGUUUUUGACGUACAUGAAAAUCUAGGAAAUGCGAGUUGAUGUGCAUAGGUCUAUUUUU